AUGGAGGAGGAGAUGUUCCUCGGGCAGCGAGGACCCGACGAGGAAUGCCUGAUCCUGUACGAGCCGGUGCCGGUGUUCACGCAGCCACGGAGACGGCCGCGGCCUCCCCCUGACGCUCAGGAGCAGCCGGCGGCGGUGUACAGGAGGCGACACUCGGCCGCUGCCGCCCCUCAGCACACCCCCAGAGUCCGCCGCCGAUAUCCCCAGCCUCCGGCCACGGCCCCCGCCCCCGACUGUUGGGAUCUGGGGCAACUGAGUCUCGACCCACACCGGCAGCAGGUGGCCCUGGUGGAGUCGUGCUGGUGGCCUGUUCCUUCCCCUUCUGUGACACCCGCACAACUCAGCUCGGCACUGGCAGCUGAGAGUAUUAAUAGCACAGUAUUUGGCAGCGGAGGGCUCGGUAUCUUUAGUAGCGGUCUCGACGGCGUAGUUGUCACACGUAGUGACUGUGGUAGUGACUGUGAUGGGGAGCCGCAACAACAACUCGCUGACGAGCCGAAGGGCCCGAUACGCCCGUUCUUCGACCGUCAGUGUGACUCAGCUGCUACAGGACUCGUGCUCCAGUCUGCUGAACCGCAUCACCAGUCGCGUCCGCGGGCCGUCGGCGGCCACCGACGCCGCCAAACCGACACAGGGCACUCGCGUCCGCGACCGCGAGAACAUAGAGCCGCCCCCACGCAGGCUGCACCGCAACGCAACGCCGAUAAGGCUGCAGAAACCUACAACAAUGGCGAGACCAACGCACCGGUCGCCCGUCCGAGGUUCGAGGACACCACGAGAUCUCGCCUGGAGGAGAAGUACGCCGACUCCACCAGAUCACGGUUAGAAGACAAGUACUCGGCAGCGCUAGAGAGGUACUCGCGGAGAAACAGACGCGAGGAGAAGGAGCAGUCGGGAGGGCAUUCGUUGACGAAAAGUGCGACCACACACUCGAUCUUGUUGUCGGAAAAGGCUUACCCGUACGUGUCGGCCACGUCAACUUCCGUGGUCCGCGAGAAGACACCGUAUCGUGCCGAUCGACAUCGCCGCCACACGGAGACUCGACAACACAAGAUACGGCCGCUGCGGGCGGGCGGACUCACGGGAGAGCUGAACGACUCGCGGCUGACACUGGUACCCGUGGACCAGAACACGGAAGCCGGCGGCAGGGGCGGUGGGGGCGGUGGUGAGGAGGGCUCGCCUGAGAACGAUCGGCAGGCACGCCGCAAGGAGAUACAGAGCUUGAUACUCAAAUACACGGGGCUAGAGGAUAGUGCUGAGGAGCAGACCAGCGCCCUCGCCAGAUGUCAGCAGAAGUACUCUAACUACCUGACCCAUUCAGCCACCAAACACCAUGUACCUACCACCACUGUACCAGCACCGGCCCCCGCCACCAUCGCCCCCCUCCCAGCCCUUUCACUUAGCUCUCGAGCACCUUCCAUUGAGGACGACGAAGAUGGCCAUCUGAUAUACCACCAUGGCGACAUUCUUCAAGACAGAUAUAAAAUUAUGGCCACCUUAGGUGAAGGCACAUUUGGAAAAGUAGUAAAAGUAAAAGAUUUACAAACGGAGCACUUGAUUGCUCUAAAAAUUAUAAAGAAUGUGGAGAAGUAUCGUGAAGCAGCUAAAUUGGAAAUCAAUGCCUUGGAUAAGAUAGCCGAGAAGGACCCUGAGGGAAAGCACCUCUGUGUGAAAAUGCUAGACUGGUUUGACUACCAUGGCCAUAUGUGCAUUGCUUUUGAAAUGCUGGGACUGAGUGUGUUUGACUUUUUGAAAGACAACAACUACCAGCCAUACACGUUGGAGCAAGUGAGACACAUAUCCUACCAGUUGUGUUACGCUGUCAAGUUUCUUCAUGACAACAAACUCACUCACACUGAUCUCAAACCAGAAAAUAUACUCUUUGUGGAUUCCGAUUAUGAAAUGACCUACAAUAGCAAAAAGAAGAGAGAUGUAAGGAGAGUUAAGUCAUCAGAUGUCCGUCUCAUAGAUUUUGGAAGUGCAACUUUUGACCAUGAGCACCACAGCACGAUUGUGUCAACAAGGCAUUACAGGGCACCAGAAGUUAUUUUAGAAUUAGGUUGGUCUCAUCCAUGUGAUGUGUGGUCCAUUGGCUGUAUAAUUUUUGAGCUUUACCUGGGCAUCACACUAUUUCAGACUCAUGACAACAGAGAACAUCUAGCUAUGAUGGAACGUAUACUGGGGACGAUACCAUACAGAAUGGCUCGUAAAAGUAAAACAAAAUACUUUUAUCACGGAAAACUGGACUGGGACGAGAAGAGUUCAGCUGGGCGCUAUGUGCGUGAAAACUGCAAACCUCUUCACAGGUAUCAAACUGUAGAUGAUGAAGACCAUCGUCAACUGUUUGAUCUGAUAUCACGGAUGCUAGAGUAUGAUCCAACAGAGAGAAUUACUCUGGCAGAGGCUCUGAGACACCCGUUCUUCGAGAAGAUUCAGCCCGUGCAGAGGCUGGGCAGCAGCAGCACUGAGCGCAGCCACUCACUAUCGAGAUGAAGGCGGCAGUCGCCAGUUUGAUAUUUUCAUGCUGGCACUUCGGAUUGGCUUAUUUAACUGGGACAGUGUCCACAAGUGAAGGAUGGAGGCAGUGCAUGCAGUGUUUCAAUAAGUUAAAUUUUCAUUUUGCGAACAUUUGUUUCUUUUGAGAAACUGUAAACAUAAUUCUUGUACAUAAAUUGUUCUCCUUUCACAAUGGACUAUGAUAUGGCAAUUCCAAACAAAUAGCAAAAAGCACAUUCAAUUUGUUGAGACUUUGUACUCUCACCUUAAUCUAUGUAUAUUUUAUAUUGCAGUGUAAACAAAUGUUCAUACUUUGAUAUUAACAUUAUCUCGUAUGUUAAGUAUGAUAUUUUUCUUAUAAAUAAAUUAAGAAAAAUUA